GGAGGCCGGGACCGGCCCGUGGGAGCCACCUCCCGUGGGAAAAGUUGCCAGCAGUUUCGCAUAAUUUUGUUUUAAAGGAGGGAAAACUUUCUCUGCAUGAAAAAUGACAUUUUUAAAUAUAAAAUCCGCAGCCUGGGCAUACUCUCUGAUUACACUAGGAACUGAAAUGUUAAGUUCUUUCUUCAGUUUCUACUGUGUGAAACUUUUCUUGGAACUGUACAAGAUUUCAGCGUUGGCCUUUUAUCAAUCCCAGGUAAUUUUAAUGAUCUGCAAUGUUCUGAAUGACCUGAGUGGAUAUUUUCGAAUGAACUUUCAGUAUGAUUGUUGUCUCAGUGACCACUGUUCCCUGUUUGGGGCUCUUUUGCAUUCAGUGGCCUUCCUGCUCCCUUGGUUCCCUUGGAAACACUAUCAAGAAGGUGACUGGCUCAAUGGACUUCAUCUGGUAGUCUCCCUGUGCGCCUUUGACAGUACUCUUGCCUGGGUGCAGCAAGCCCAGUGUCGCUUGUUUGUAGAGACUUUCCCCAGGCAUGAGAGCCGGCUGCAGCUAAUGAAAAUUAACCAGGUGGCAUCUCUGCUGGGCUCUACCAGCAUCCUCUUCUGUGGCCUUAUCUCUCACAACAUGGAAAUCCUGCCCAAUUUUCAGGCUGUUGCUGUCGUCAUUGCCUUCCUGGCAUCUACCAGCCUUUACAGUGGCAUGUUCCAUAUGAGACAUUUUGAAUGUAAAAGAACCCCAGAGGAAACCUUCCUCUCCGAGAAUGAACAGGAGCUGGCAUGGACCUCCACCGUCUUACUGAUGAGACAACUCUUGUCUCAGAGGAACUUCCACCUUUUCCUCAUCAUGAAUUUCUUUCAAGUCUUUCACUUGACCUUCUUCAGUAACUUCAUGAUGAUCUUUGCCGAUAACCUCAUUCCCAUUGAGGUUCUCUCUUCUUCCGCAAGAAGCAUCAUGUAUGGGGCUGGCUUCAUCUGCCCUCAGUGUCUGGUACUUCUAGGUCAAUCCUGGCUGAAGAAAUAUGGUUACUAUAAGAUUAUCUUAAUUUCUUUCUACCUAGAAGGAGCAGCCGCUAUUGUCAUGUUACUUCUUGGACAGGAAUACUAUUACUGUUUGGCUGUUUAUCUCACUGUUAUCAUGGUAAUUGUACAUGCCUCUUUUUGCUUAUUUAACUUGCCACUGGCUGACAUGGUUGAUGCAGAUUUACUGAAGUUUAACAGGCAGUCUCCCCUUUCCUUGAUGGUUUUUGGCAUCAGUGCUUUGUUUACCAGACCUGCUCAGUCUUUAGCUCCCAUGUUGAUACUGUCUAAGCUAAACCAGUAUGGAUAUGGAGAGCCAAACAACAGAAUACUUUUGGAUCUUCAAGACACCAUGUUUAGUUUGGUUUGUGUGGUCCCACUGGGCAUCGCAACAGUGCAGACUCUGACUUGGAGCUCCUUCUCCAUCAGGAACAGAGCAGACUACUCAGGGACCAUGUAAGCACAGCUGCCAUGCUGGAUGGUGGUUGCAACA